GUCAAGCAUGGAAAUGACACAGACUGAACAGGUAACAAACUAUGCAAGAUGUCGGACAACGAGGUGAAGAUACCACAACUGUACAGGCUGGUGUAUUCGGGGGGCUAGAAUAACACAGUCAUGCAUGUUAUGGUCCGAUGGUUUUGGCUGUUUUGCCUCAUCAUUCCUCCAUUACCUGGCCGAGGAGAACAGCCAGAUAUUUCAAUACAUCUCUGUAAGAUACCGUUGUUGAGGUCAAGCUGGUCAUUGUGCUGUGCCACAAAAGACAUUCACUCUGCGACCGUCACUUUUUUCCACCAAUCCCCACAGAAUACAAAGUUGACAGAUGUAGCUAUUGUAAAGCAUACAUGUGAUACAACUCCUGAUCAAAGUGACUACAACGUGACUUGUAUUCCAAAGGUUAAUGGUCACCGUGACCUCAUUUUGACAAUACUUUACCCAAAUUUAGAACAGGAUAUUGGAACAUGGGGAUGCAGAUAUUAUGGAAAGACAUCAAUGUUGGUGAUCCACAAGACUCAAGUCUUGUUCAAAGAUGGAGGAGUUAUGCUAGGAAACAAAUCGGAAAAUGCUAAACUGGAUUUUAUGAUAAAGGAAUUUGAUACAGAGGAAAACAUUACUAUUUAUAACCCAGAAGGAUCUCCCAUAGCAACCAUCUCAUCAGGGUUUAUCAAUACCAACCCAGACGUCGUUGUAACAUUUGAUUCACUGACAAGAGUUGUCUCCCUUUUGUUAGUAAAUAUAACUUCAUCAGAAAACGGAACUUAUGUCUGCGAAGUACAGUCAUCGUUUAACAGAUAUGGACUUACUCUUAUUGUUCUUGAAAAAUUGGAUGAGCCAAAAAUAACUCCAUCAGAUGUAACCUUUGACCCCACAUCUAAAAAAGUGAAGUAUGGUACUUUGACCUGUACUGCUGUGAGGAGAUCGGCAGGUCCGUAUUACUACACUCCUCAGAUUAGUAUUCAUUGGAUCUAUCCACAACUUGAUGUCGGUUACAACAUAUCGGUCAAUGACAGUGUGCUGACCAUCACUGGGGUCAGUUGUAUUGUCAAUAGGUCACAGCCAAUCUUCUGUGAGGCACAGGAAGUGGGCGGCCAGGAAGUGGGCGGCCCAAUGUCUGACCGGACACAUUUCUAUCCCCACAACCUUUGUACAUGGCAUCCAAUCACAACAUUACCUCCAUCAGUCGUACAAGAUGGCGACAAGAACGACAGUGAUCGCUCGCUACUCAUUUCCAUCGGCGUCAUUGGACUCAUUGGAUUUGCACUGUUUGGAGUGAUGUUCUGUGCUGGGAAGAAGAAUGUGGGCCAUUGCUGCAGCUUUUGUUUUAGGAAGAUUUGUUGGUGCUGUGGCCGUACCAUCUGUCGCAAGUGUAACAAGUUUGAUGACGAUGAGUUUUACUCUGACUACAUCAGUAACAUGACUCGAGAUGGAGAUGAUCCGUACUUUACAAUGUCACGAGACAGGGGAAGUAACUGGCGGGAUCUGCUCAAUGUGUACUCUCCGGGAAGUGACGUGCCUGUCCCGCUACCUCCAGCACUGAGGGAAAGCCAAAAUACAGAUGAGAAUGAGAAUGAAGAAGGCAAUCACAGCGUACCAGUUGUUGCGGCCAGUGAUGGUGCUGUGACAGGAGCAGAGGGAGUUGAUCGCAGCGUACUCAUCAAGGAGGUAGAACAUGGUCUGAAGGAGCUUCGAAAGACACUACACAAUGCCCAGACACAGGUCCAGGUGAGCCGGGAAAAUCUUGUACAGAACCUCUUUGACAUCUACACAGACCCAAUGAUUGUCGACUCUUACCUUCAUGUAAAGAUGGUCGACGAGCAGGGUUCAGAUUGGGGAGGAGUGAGUCGCGACUGUUUUACCUCAUUCUGGAAUGAAGUAUCAGAAAACUUUUUCCGUGGAAAUUCCGUUCUGAUUCCGUAUCUCCCACCACAUAGACUCGAGGAAGAAUAUAAAUUCCGUUUACUGGGACGUAUACUUGCUCACAGCACAGCCAUACUGGGAUACAUACCAGUACCGCUGUGUAAGUCAGUUGUCAUGGUAACCAUACUGGACACGACCACUAUUGAUGAGAGCACUCUUGUCGAGGAUUUCCUAUUAUUCCUGGACCAGGAUGAUGCCAGGAUGGUUCGGACAGCUCUUACUGAUUUUGAGUCCCUGUCAGACGAGGAUAGAGACAGUCUCCAAGACUUGUUUACGAGAUUUGAUAUGGGAUGCUUGAUACAAGAAUCUACAUUCCGAGAACAUUUUCUAAAAAUGGCGAGAAGUGAACUGUGUUUAAAACCACGGUCUUUGUGCGAACUGAUACGAGAAGGAAUUCCGGAAAUCCAUUACGAAAGGUUUUGGAGUCAGCUGACCAUAGACCAUCUGCAGAUCCUGAAUGAUCGGCUCAAACCCACUGCAGAAAAAAUUAUUGCAUGUCUACGUCCCGAUGAAUCUGAACUGAAUUCUCGAACCGAGAAAGUCUAUGGAUAUUUCGUAGAUCUUAUCUCGAAUCUGAUACAAGAUGACUUGGAGACAUUGCUUCAGUUUAUCACAGGCCAAGCAUGUGUGCCGCGUCGCAGUAUAACAGUAAACUUUUCAGACCUCUCCGGUAUCGAGAGACGUCCCAUAGCACAUACAUGUAGUUUCUCAAUAGAACUUCCCAGCACAUAUGAAUCUUACGAGGAAUUUGAAACCGAGUUUGGAUUAUUUCUCAAAUCAGACAUUAUCAGAUUUGACAUUCAGUGAAGCAGAGGCCUUACAUAUACUUGCACUGACCGUGUUAACAGUGGUGUCAAAUCGAUCAAAAUUCAUCUCUUUAUAUCAUGUCAUCCUCAAUCUCAUUUGUGUUCUUGAUACUUCAGGAGUAAGUUUACUUUAGCUUUUCACUCUCGAUACUCCAGUUUUUUUUUUUUUUUUUUAACAUUACACCUUGAGUAUUGAUUGCAAAGUGAACGUAACCCCGGAGUAUUGAUUGUGAAAGUGAACGUAACCCCGGAGUAUUGAUUGUGAAAGUGAACGUAACCCCGGAGUAUUGAUUGUGAAAGUGAACGUAACCCUGGAGUAUUGAUUGCAAAGUGAACGUAACCCCGGAGUAUUGAUUGCAAAGUGAACGUAACCCCGGAGUAUUGAUUGCGAAAGUGAAUGUAACUCCUGGAGUAUGGCUAGCGUAUGUGAACGUAACCCCUUGAGUAUUGAUAGCGAAAGUGAACAUAACCCCUUAAGUAUUGAUGUCGAAAGUGAAAGUAACCCCGGAGUAUCGAGGUUAUCAUUUGUAUCAUUGACAAUAAUCAACCAUUCCGUAGUACUGAUCACAAUAGAUAGAAGAGUAUAUUUUGUAUUACACUAAAUCUCUGGAUAAAAUGUUCUCCGUCUGCAUAUUAAUAUGAUGGCGACGUUACCGUAUUUAUCCUGUAAAAAAAGCCCAGGGAGGACAGGAGGGAUGGGAAGGCAACUUUUUCACUUUGACUCAAAGUUGCAAGACAGUAAAUAUAAUUUAUUUGCAUUUUUCAUUGAACUGCAAUAGACUUUGGUCACCUUAUUUAGAUGUUUAUUACAAAUCAUGGGCUGAUUGUAGGAUAUAUAUGGUACAAACAUUAUGCAUGAACUUUGACCCCUGAGUUACCCAUUUUUUGUGUAUUUUAUUCUUUAAUUAGUUGCUUUAUUAUUUGUAUACUGCCAGAUUCAAAAUGUAUCGGUGUAUAGAUUGUGUUUCCUUGGGUCAGACCAGACGUUAGACAUUUUGAAGGACGUCUGCCUAUAGUGUGGGGACAAGACACCUGUCUGUCAAAUGUCUGCACAUGCCAUAGCAUCAAAUUUUGGGGCCAGAUGAAAAUCAGGUUCAAAAUAUCCUUAAGUCUUGAAAAUAUGCUGUUGUUUAAAUUAUUCUACUAAAUAAUGAUACCAUGUCUAUUUUUUAAACUUAUUUUCCAUGUGCUUUCACUGCAGGUAAAGUGCAGCAUGCAUGCAUUUUGUAUUUUUAAUUAUCAUUUUAAACAAGAUGGCAAUUGUCACUCAAAGGUCAUUGUAUCUAAACAAGCAUUUUAUGGUUUUACUUCACUUACGAAAGUAAAAAAUACUACGUUUACCAUUCCAUUUCACAAAGCAUGAGAUUCAAUUGAUAAUACAAUGUACACAAUUGAAAUGUGAUCACAAAUGCUUGAUUUGUUCAUACAAUAUGGGCAUAUACAACUUGAUAAAAGCUUUACAGUUAUUUACGAAACCAGCUUAUUUCAUAAUUUUUCUGUGAGAAAUUUCUGCCUUAUUAUGAAGAUCAGCUUAUUUCAAAGGUUAGCUUAUUUUCAAGAUCAGCUUAUCAAGAUCAGCUUAUUUCAAAGGUCAGCUUAUUUUCAAGACCAGCUUAUUAUCCAGAUGCUUUUCCUACAAUGAAUCAUUGGCUUAUUUUCAAUAUGAACUUUUUUGGAUGAUCAGCUUAUUUUCAAGAUUAUUUUAAUAUCAUUUUUCUGCAAGAAAUCCCUGACUUUGAUUAUUAUCAAGAUAAUCUCAUUUUUCAAGAUAUUCUUGUUUUCAGGCACUUUUCUUACAGUGAAUCGUUGGCUUAUAUCCAAUUUGAGUUUAUCUUCAAGAUUUUUGGGUAUGACAGUGUAUAUCAUCAUUUUACUUUUGUUGAUAAAGGCCAUUGUAUAUAGGUUUUUAUGAAUUUCAAUUUGACAGGGUCCAGGUGCAUGCUGUGAUUUAUACAGGUAAAAUAUUAUUUUAUAGAAAAUAUAAUUAUAACAAAAUGUCCCAAGAAAUAAUAUAGAGGUUAUAAUUUUCAUGAUGACUAUUGGUUUUGGUUUUUGUUGUUGUUAUUUUCCCCUUUUUUUUCUUUUUUGAAGGUUUGAAUAAAUCACAAGAUAUUUUGAAAUAAAACCAGUAAAAAUUGUCCAUUUCAUAAUUUCCUCAGAAAGUAUAUCCCUUUUGUAAAACAGUAAAAUUUUGAUCCACCGAAAAAAAAACAAAAAAACAAAAACAGACUAAAUAUAUCGGACAGUAUCUACAAGUAACAUGCUGUCAUCAAUGAUUACGUUUUAUUAUUAUAUAUACCUAUGUCAUGUAUUACAGCUAUAAAAUUAUGUAGUAUAACUUACUGUGACGUCAUAAAAUGAGGCUAGUUUUAACUUGACGUCAUGAAUGCAAUAACAUAUUCCAAACACCUAUAUAGCAUAAUGAUGGUUCAUGACUUCAUGAACAUCUGAAGAUACUGUGAUAUGGGUCACAUUCUGAUGACCUCCAUUCUGAUGAAUAGUCAUUAACUAUUGACCAGAAAGAUUUGAGAUUUUGAAAAACAUUAGGUGUUGUAACAAAGGCGGCAUUAUUUAAGGAGGAAAUGGAACCAUGAAAGGAUGGUUUUAAACAGACUGGUAUAAUUUAAGACUUCAAGCAUUUAUUGGGAUAUCACAAUUUUUUGCAAUAUGUUUGAAAUAUGUUUUAAAUGGAUUAUUUUGUUUCUUUUUAUCAGAAGAUAAAUAGAUCUUGUUUCAAAUACUGCAGAUCUAUCAUAUUUGUUUUUGUUUUUGUUUGGUUCUUGAUGCAUCAUAUUAAAUUAUAAUUGCACUAGUGAAGUUUUUUGUAUACUGUUACUAUAGCAAUGUAUUCUGUAAAAUAUGAGUGCAUUAAUAUAGGUAUCUUAACAGAAUUAUAUUUCACUUAAAAGGCUUUUGUUUAAAAUAAAUAAAAAGCAAACUCAUGCAAGGUCCUAUACCGGUAUAUAUUUUUGUAUACAUUUACAUAACCUUACAUAUUCCGUACUGAACCCAGGUGUGUAUCUAAAAUACAGAUAUCUCUAUUUUAAGUACAUAUAUAUCUAAUUAUUGAAUAAAUAGAUAUCUGAGUAGAAAAUAGAGAUAUCUAUCUAAAGCCCCUUACUCCCAAGGAAAUAUACUGUAAACUGAAUUUUUCGCGGGUGGGGAUAAUUUCGCGAUUUGAAUAUGUAAACUAUACGCUUGGAGGUAAUUUUCGCGAUUAAUCCUCUUUCGCUUGUAGAUCAAGAUUAUCCGAAUUGAUAUCAAAAUAAUAUGCGUUGGGGAAAUUUUCCCGAACAAAGUGAGUCUGUGUAAUCAGUGUAAAAUUCCCCCUCACGUCAAUUUCAAAGUUUACAGUAUAUAAAUGUUUACAUUUUGACCUCUCUACAGUUUUCAGACUUGAUAUAUACCUCACAAAACCUUUAGUAAUAGGUCAAAUGAGAGCAUUCAUAUACUGCUAGAUAAGGUAGCUGGGCUCAUUCCAGGCAUUGCCUGUUUUAUUUAUCUUGACAUAAACUUAGUUAAAAUAGUCUUUGUAAGUAAACAUUUAAAUCAAACUGCAGUAGACAUAGGCAUGCUAAUUACCUGACAUGGGUUUAUUACAGGAUAUAUAUGAGGUACAGUUGUUUAAUGUCAUGUGUUGGUGUCAUCAUAAUUUCCAUCAGUAAUUGAUUUUGUGUUAUGUUACAUAAGAUAACUAUCAUACUGCAAAAUGCAAAUUACAACAAAGUAAUAAAUUAGCUUAGCUUGUAACAAGCAUUUUCAUUGGCUAAAAAUUUGUUAUCAGCUCAUAACACAAAAAAAUGAUUUAACCAUUUGUAACGCCACAGAGGCAUGAUGAUUUUUAAGAGAAAAGAGUUCCUUAAUAGAAGAUUUGUUUAGAUAGAUUAAAUUAUAAGGAUUAUUUUGAUUUUUUUUUUUUUUUAUGUUUUGGAGUUAUAUCACAAAAAAUGGAGUGUGUUUUCAUCAUAAAUUUAACACUUCUGAGGGACCACAGGGUCUUGACACAAUUCCUAACUCCACUGUCCAUAUAUGAAUAUUAUAUCAAUUAGGUUUGGAAAUCAUGCCAAUCCCUGUGCUAGGAACAAAGAUUUUUUGUCCUUGUCAUGAAAAACCAUAUUAGAAUUGUUUUAUUACAUAAUUAUAAAUAAGAUGAAAACCACUAUUCAAAUUGAACAAAUUUACUCUUUUGUAAUUUUCCGGGUACUUGCACGAACAAAUUAAUGAUGAUGAAUUUGACAACAAUGUCGCAUAUGGAAGAUCCAGCAAACAAACAAACAAACCUGAACUAAGCACACCCUUUUGUGGUUUUGUAAGUGCAUGGUGGGAUUGUUAAGAUCGAUUACUGUAUAUUUAUGCUGUAAUAGGCCCAGGACACACACACAAUAUCUUUAACAUGAAGUAGGGAAGGAACUUAUUGCUAAACAAAGAAAUAACAAUUGUUAGCAUUUUGUCUGAACUUCGGUAGAUAGGGUUGGCUUAUUAGCAGGCAUGACCUUAUUGUGGGAUGAAUAUAGUAAGCUUAAUUUUAUGACAACUAGCAAUAUCUGUUUUUGAUUACGAGAUGCUCAAUAAAAGAGGACCAAUUUGUCUCCUUGCAUGUGUAUGAAUUCUGAUCACAGACGCCUGCACGCAGUUUGUAAAUAUUCAGAAAAAGAUUACUUUUUGAUAUACUAGUAGUGGGAUGAGAUUCUGUGAUUCCCCAGGGUAUUUGAUUUCACGAUUUCAAUAGGUAAACUGUGGAGGUUAUUUUGGCAAACGAUUUACCUUUUUUUCUUCUGUACAUGUCCUAUAAGUACCACAUACAAAACAAUGUGCUAAGAAAGCUUAUGCCAUGUGAAAAUGAUACAAAAGUGAUACAAAAAUGAAGCAAUAAUGUGACUGAACAUGAAA